CGAGGGCCAGUCAGCUCCUCACCUCUUUUCUGCAUCUACCACACUCCUCUUUAUCCUUCCUGUAUGGUGGAUAUUAUUUUCAACUCUUCUUUCUUGGGUGAUAUGGGGGAUCAUUCCAAAAAGAAGUCCGGAUUCGCGAUGUGUGUAGGAUGUGGAAGUCAGAUCCAUGACCAGUACAUACUGAGAGUCUCCCCCGACCUGGAGUGGCAUGCAGCCUGCCUCAAGUGUGCAGAGUGCAGCCAGUACCUGGAUGAGACCUGCACUUGCUUCGUCCGGGACGGGAAAACCUAUUGCAAAAGAGAUUAUGUAAGGCUGUUUGGAAUUAAAUGCGCAAAAUGCAACCUGGGAUUCAGCAGCAGCGAUUUGGUGAUGAGAGCCCGGGACAACGUGUACCACAUUGAAUGUUUCCGGUGCUCGGUGUGCAGCAGGCAGCUGCUGCCGGGGGACGAGUUCUCUCUGCGGGACGACGAGCUCCUGUGCCGGGCGGACCACAGCCUGCUGUUGGAGAGGAGCUCCGCGGGAAGCCCCAUCAGCCCGGGACACAUCCACCCCAACAGACCGCUGCAUCUGGCAGACCCGGUGGCAGUGCGGCAGGCCCCGCACCGGAACCACGUCCACAAGCAGUCGGAGAAGACGACGCGGGUGCGGACGGUGCUGAAUGAGAAGCAGCUCCACACGUUGCGGACCUGCUACAACGCCAACCCGAGGCCGGACGCCCUGAUGAAGGAGCAGCUGGUGGAGAUGACGGGCCUGAGCCCCAGGGUGAUCCGGGUCUGGUUCCAGAACAAGCGCUGCAAAGACAAAAAGAGAUCCAUCCUCAUGAAGCAACUCCAGCAGCAGCAGCACAGUGAUAAGACUGUAAGCAUAUUCAAUCUGCAGGGCCUCACAGGGACGCCUCUUGUAGCUGGGAGUCCUAUCCGGCAUGAGAGCACAGUGCAAGGAAACCCAGUGGAGGUUCAGACCUACCAGCCUCCAUGGAAGGCCCUGAGCGAGUUCGCCCUGCAGAGUGACCUGGACCAGCCAGCCUUCCAACAACUGGUGUCUUUCUCUGAAUCGGGGUCUCUGGGGAACUCCUCGGGUAGCGACGUGACCUCUUUGUCCUCUCAGUUACCGGACACCCCUAACAGUAUGGUACCCAGUCCGGUGGAAACGUGAGACGGGACCCCUCAGGCCUUUCGGUCCCCCUGCAAGGACAAGCAGCAUGAUCCCGGUCCCCUGCAUGAGACCAGCUCAUCACAUCGCCCAAACUACAGAGAGGAAAGAUUUUUUUUAUUUUAAAUUUCCUGACAUGGAGGAGAUGUAGGACAAGCACCAACAGACUCUAAGGACCUUUUCAAAACUGUGCGGCCUAUCGAAGUCCGGCAUUUUGGAAAAUUUACGCAGCAACAACAAAAAAAUAAUAAUAAAUAAAGCAGAACUAUUGAUGCAUGACUUGCUACGGAGACAGAAGGUGUACAGAAGACCUCUCGAUGGAUAUACUGCAACAAACCUUCCCUCAAAUGCAAAUUGGAAACAUUUUCGUGUCAAAACAGAUGGACAUUCUGCUGUUUUCAUUGUGAUCAUAUUGUGUCUUGUUUCUUCGACAUGCACAUUUUUUGAUACAUUUAUUGCGUUGUCGAGUCCAGUUGACUCAAAUGUCUUUGUCUUAAGGUCGGAGCAUGAUAUCCGCAAACUAUUCGUGUUGUAAAAUAUUUUAUCUUAUGGGCAGGAGACAGGUUGUUUGAGCUUCUCGAACAAAAAAAGUAAGUUAUUGUUAUAUUAUUUAUUGUAAGGAAAGCGAUUCGUAAAGCGAUUAUUAACUGAUGAAAAAUAAACAGCUGAAUACAU